AUGACCAUUUCUCCCAUACAGUGGUUGAAGCUCUCGACAUGGGAGCUUGAACUCGAGAAUACAGCGUUUGCGACAGAUAAUAGAUGGAGCAAUCAUGAUAUGGACCCUACGCCUCUUCACUUGCGAACGUGGAGUUCAUGGAGUUAUGUGUCAUAUUGGUUUUCCGAUGCCAGUAAUAUCGCUGUCGCGAGCUCGAUGUUAGCUAUUGGUCUUUCCUGGAGACAGGCCUUGCCUGCCAUUGUUGUUGCGUACUGUAUAACGGCUGUUCCGAUACUUCUCACCGGGACUAUCGGUACCCGCCUGAGGGUUCCAUUCUCGGUCCUCAGCAGGUCGUCCUUCGGAUUUUGGUUCAGCUACUUCCCUGUUAUUACGCGAGGAAUAAUUGCCAUGUCUUGGUUUGGAAUUCAGACAUACAACGGUUCUGAAUGUAUCUAUCAGAUGCUGAAGGCUAUAUGGCCGUCUAUCGCCCAUGUCCCGAAUCACAUACCGGCCUCGUCAAACACCACCAGCAAUCGCAUGAUGUGUUACGUUCUUUACUGGCUCCUCCAAUUUCCAUUCAUGCUGCUGUCUCCUCAGAAAAUACGUUACCUCUUCAUGGUCAAGGGCGUGAUCGUCCCAUUUGCCUGGCUUGCUAUGGUCAUUUGGGCGUUCAUAAAGGUUCCUCCUUCAGUCGGACUAUUUGCUCAGCACGCUACAGUGCAAGGCUCUGACCUCUCCUGGGCUUGGCUGACGGCACUCAAUAGUGCGCUGAGUCUUUAUUGUGGCUAUGCGGUCAAUAUAGCGGAUUUUACGCGGUAUGCCACACAUGAGAGAGCACAAUAUUCACAGGCUAUCAUUAUUCCAGUAGCAUUCACGCUUUGUUCGUUCGCUGGACUGGCUGUGACGAGUGCAGGAAUUGUCCUUUAUGGUUCGGCACUGUGGGAUCCCCUACAGCUGAUUGACCAAUGGGACAAUCGAGCAGCGGCGUUCUUUGCCUCGUUCGCGUUUCUGCUGACGACCAUCGGGACCAAUAUUAGCGCUAAUGCCCUUGUGGCUGCCAAUGACCUCACAGUCUGCCUUCCGAAAUACAUCAACAUAAGACGUGGUCAAGUGAUAUGUGCAUUGAUUGGUGGAUGGGCGUUCUGUCCUUGGGAAGUUCUGGCAAAAGCAUCUGGUUUUCUGUCAUUCCUGAGUGGCUACACCAUUUUCAUUGGACCAUUCGUUGGAAUUAUGAUCUCCGAUUACUGGCUAAUCCAUCGGGGUCGAAUUGACGUCCCAGCGAUGUACCAAGCUUAUGGUCGAUACCGCUAUACAUUUGGAAACUGGCGUGCUUUGGCAACACUCGUGAUUUGCAUCGCACCAGCUAUGCCUGGGCUCGUUCACUCCAUCAACCCGUCCAUUAACGUUGGAGGUAUCCAUAAUUUAUUUUCCAUUGGGUGGAUAUUUGGAUUCUGGUCAGCAUUCGUCGUUUAUUCCGUCCUCUCGAUGCUGUUCCCGGCUCGAGGAACAUAUGUAGAGAAGGCUGUAUUGCCCGAUGAUGUGAUACCGCCAUCGGCCUCUUGUGAUUCUACGGACGAAGAUGUGGAGAAAUUAGACAAGGGUAACGUGACUCCUGAGACUGUAUCGGGGCUCCAUGGCUUCCACAAAUAG